CAUGGUAGUCGUGAGAUGGUCAGCUUCCCACUAAAGUGCACCUCACAUUUACAUCUGCGUUUGGCUGCAGUCAGAAGACGCCACCACGCAGUCGAAAGCACCGAGCCAGAAGAGAAAAGUGAGACACUGAGAGUCCUUUUGGGCUGACGGAACCGAAUCAGGGGGGCUGUUCAAAGUUUUCCACCGGGGACAAACACGCUGCUUACACAGACGACCAAGUGAGGUUAAUCCAGCAGGAAACAUGAAGAAGACCGCCAAUUCAGCCCUUAAGAGGUCCUUUGAAGUGGAGGAUGUUGACACUUCGUCCCAUUCUUCACCCGGCUCUCGCCGAACCACCAACUCCCCUCACCGUAACGCCAUGUCUCCCACCAGUAUCUACUACCGUGAUCUCGGUAGUCCCGCCCCCGCUACCAACAACAACAACCUCAACUACUCUCAACCGCGCUCCAUCAUGGGCGGUGGUGGCUCCAGGACCCCUGAACCGGUGUCACGUCGGUCUGAACUCUCCAUUGACAUCUCCUCCUCUAGCAAGAACUUGGAUAACAUCACCAGCCCUGCAUCUGCACGCCUUGUGAGCAACAGUGCACUCAAGCGCCCUGAAGUCUUGGGGCACUCCAGGACCCCUGAGAUGAGCCACAAGAGGGAGGUCACAUUUGCCAAGACCCUCACUGAUUCCCCAACGAUCCGUCGCAAUGAGGGAAACAAUAACAACGGGAUCAUCCGAGCUCCUGAGCAGAAUUACAGUCGCAAGUUUGAGUCACCGAGUCACGGGGAUGUCCGUAAACCCGAUAUCAACAUCACCAAAGCUCCCCCAGAGAACAAUGGCCACCACCCAGCUGUGCACCACCCUCACCACCCCAACCCUCACCACAACACCAUUGUCACCACCUUCCGCUGCUCCUCCCCCAACCAUGCUGGACGCAAGUCUCCUAACCCUGACAGGUCAGAGGUCAGCCUGAGCCACAGCAACAUGUCUGAGUCUGCCAAGCCCCACCAUCCCAGCCCCCAAGGCAAGGGGGAGAAGAGCCAUGGAGGGGACUUCAGCUACGUGGGUAUCGAUGCCAUCCUGGAGCAGAUGAGGAGGAAGGCCAUGAAGCAAGGCUUUGAGCUCAACCUCAUGGUUGUGGGGCAAAGCGGACUGGGGAAGUCCACCUUGAUGAACACACUGUUCAAAUCCAAGGUGAGCCGUAAUAAAUCGGUGCAGUCCAACCCGGAGGAGAGGAUCCCCAAGACGGUCGAGAUUAAAUCCAUCAGUCACGAUAUUGAGGAGAAAGGAGUGAGGAUGAAGCUGACAGUCAUUGACACGCCUGGUUUUGGAGAUCAAAUCAACAAUGAAAACUGCUGGCAGCCCAUUAUGAAGUUCAUCAAUGACCAGUACGAAGCCUACCUGCAGGAGGAAAUCAACAUCAACAGGAAGAAAAGGAUCCCAGACUCCAGGGUGCACUGCUGCAUAUACUUCAUACCUCCCACAGGCCACUGUCUCAGACCUCUGGAUGUGGAGUUCAUGCGGCGUCUCAGCAAAGUGGUCAACAUCGUCCCCGUCAUCGCCAAGGCCGACACGCUCACCCUGGAGGAGAGGGAAAGCUUCAAACAGACGAUCAGGGAAGAACUGCGAGCCAAUGGGAUCGAUGUCUACCCGCAGAAGGAGUUUGACGAAGACUCAGAGGACAGGAUGAUCAACGACAAAAUCAGGGAGAUGAUCCCCUUCGCUGUGGUGGGCAGUGACCAGGAGUACCAGGUGAACGGGAAGAGGCUUCUGGGAAGGAAAACAAAAUGGGGCACCAUAGAAGUUGAGAACAUUGCACACUGCGAGUUCGCCUACCUGCGAGAUCUGCUCAUCAGGACUCACAUGCAGAACAUCAAGGACAUCACAGGGAGCAUCCACUACGAGACGUAUCGCGUCCGUCGGCUAAACGAAUCCAACGGCCACGUCAUCGCUCAGCCGCCCGAGCACACGGCCGUCCAGCCCAAGGCCAACGGUCAGCCGGAGGAGCAGCUGGACGCCCCGCAGAGCAACGGGGUGGCCGCUCCGCACGAAGCCCUGUCCCACGAGAUGUAGAGGUCCACCGCCGCGGCGCUCCAUGACAUCAGGCACAAAACACACACACUCAGACUAGCUCUGUUUACAUGAACGAGGCCAAAUCUAUUCAGAACAGACAUGCACACGGAUGGGUUCUUAUCACACCCGUGGGCCAGAUACGUAAAAUAGUUCUUAAGUUUCUCUUGCAUUUCUCCUUCUCUUGCUUUCGUUCCUCUGUCGUCACCGUUCUGAGAGUCAAUCCUUGCUGCGACGCACAGCAAGUUGCUCGAUCACAAACCGUCCAAACUAGUUGUAUCGGCGUUUCAGUCCUGAGCUUUGGAUCCAUGGGGCAGCUGGGUAGGGGGGGUUGGUUGUUCAG